GGGGCUGCCGGCGCAGCUCUUGGGGGGCCGGGCGGCCCCGGCGGUGGGGUGAGGGCUCCGAGGGGCCUCGGCCGUAGCGGGAUCCUGGGGGAGGGCUGCGCCCCGCGAAGCGGGCACGGCGGGGACUCCGGUGCCGGAGAGCCGCUGUCCGCGGACAGCCCGGGGCUGGACCCCCAGGUUUAUGAUGGAACUUACAUCUUUGCCUAAAUUCCUUUGGACAAGUGACAACAAACUUCUGCAUCACCAUUUUCCGGACAUAUUGGCUACCGUUCAUACCACACAAGAUAUUCCUGAAGAAGUUGUUUUUGGACCAUGCAUGCUCCAGAACACCCUGCUGGACACUGUAGCUUUUAUUGCUCUCAAAUGUUCUGAGAGAAGGAACAUCCACUAUGUAUUUAAGGUAGAUGUUACGUCUGUGCACAGUCCCACAGGACUGCCUUGGAUGAGACUUGUACAAGCAGCUGCCAAUAGCAAGGAGCAGAACCUGGAAGCUUACUUAGAAAACAGUCAGUUAUAUUAUCGCUCUACCAGGAAAAUCAACAAAAACGAGGAACUCCUUGUCUGGUAUGAUGAGGAGCUUUCCUGCCUCCUGGGUUUCAAUGAAAUAAAAGCUCAGAGUCCCCACAAUGAGUUGAGAUGCCAAGAAUGUGACCGAGUCUUUAAAUGUGAGCAUACCUAUCUCUCCCAUGUCCGCUUCCUAUGUGCCCCAGAGAAGAGCACCCUGCUAUGGAAAAACUUUCAGAACCCUAAGACUGAAAAGAGCAACUUAUCUGAGCAGACCACGAAUUUCCACAGCCUGGCAAGGGAUCUAGAGGUCAAAAUGGCAGCUUGUAAAGAUGAUGCCCGUGGUCUCACAGGAGAAAGAAGAGCAAAAUCUGAGGAGGCUGAGAACAACAGGAGCAGGAAGACUGUGUUGUUGGAGAAAACCAAUAAUCUGAGUGAAGAACAUAACUGUGGGGGCAAGGAAGAAGCUGGGGGAGAGCAUGUAUUGGCUGGCUCUUUCUGGAAGCUUAGUUCAGGAAGGCAGUCAGUUAGGAGGGAUGCUUUAGAUCAGAAGCAGAGUGCUUUCACCGAGGUCAGGAGGAUGAAGGAGAAGGUGAGGAACGAGAGACUGAAGGAGCCAGAACAGGAAGAUAGCACGGUUCCCCUCGGUAAAGAGCAGGUAUCGAAGGAAGUGUUGCUGAACUCCUCCGGUAGUGCAUUCUCCUUUGUGUGGCCCACUAGAGCCCGAGGAGAACAGAAGAGUGCUUUCAGCAAACCCAGUAAGUGUCUAACAGAAAGAGCUGCAAUAAAUUCUUCUCAUCCCAUAAGUGAGUCACCAAAGAGCCUGGGGGAGCUGUCUGGCCUCAUUGCCACCACAGACAUUAUGUGCUGCAGCACUCUUCUCAAUUCCAAGUUCUUUGUCAGUGAUUUGUGUAAUGCUCAAAUGCUGCAGACAAGCAUCACUCGGAGCAAUGUUUUCCCAUAUACCUCAGAACCAUGGCCCAAGCAAGCAGGAGGACAAUUACAAAACACAACCACCACUACUUCUUCUUCUUCCUCCUCCUCCUCCUCCUCUUCCUUGACUCUUCUUCCUCCCACCUUCAUGUCCUUUGGAGUGGCUGCCCAGAACUGGUGUGCCAAAUGCAACCUGUCCUUUCGCAUGACAUCUGAUUUAGUCUUCCACAUGCGGUCACAUCACAAAAAAGAAUACUCCUCAACUGAAUCCCAGUGCAAGAGGAGGCGAGAAGAGAAGCUAACAUGCCCCAUUUGUCAUGAGUACUUCCGAGAACGCCAUCAUUUAUCCCGGCACAUGACUUCUCAUAAUUAGAGCUGUGCAGAAAGAUGUCACCAAGUGACUGGGCAGGUUGGAUAAAGAAGGGGAACAUAAGUCACUUGUAUCCAUUUCUUUUUGAGUUUACAUUAAUUUCUUAAAGGAAAUCACUGUUUACAAUAAUUUAUAAUAGAUGCUUUCCAAAAAAAUAUAAAACUUUUACAAGAGUCUGCGUUGGUUGUAAGUUUUGAAAACUCAACCUAGCCCUUGCCAAUCUAUUUUUGAAGAAAUAAAAGAGUGAAAUGAAUACACAUACAGUAUUGAUUUGAAAAGACUUGGGAACAAAAUUGUUGUUUUGCAAACAGUUUUCUUUGCUUGUAUUUGAUUUGCUGGUGUUUGUGCAGUACAAUGUAAAUACAGAAGUAACAACCACCUCAUUGAAUGAGGAAUCUUUAAGCACUAAAAAAAUCAGAGCUUGUAUGCUAAAAGAAAAGAAGUUACUGCUUCUAGCAGCUUUGGUGGACUUUUACUCCUUUAUGUUAGCUGAAUCGGCUCUCUCAUCAGAUUUGUGAGUCUGAGUAAAAUGCUUCUAUCUUACUGUCUCCUUGGCUUUGAAGUUAAGACUGACUGAACUUUGUGAUCAUCAACAACUGACUGAUAGACCGCCAAAAAGGAUGUGACUUAUAAAUCAGUAUAUCUGAGUUCUAUCCUAUGCUCUGCCACUUUUGCAAUAUCUUUUAUAAAGUCAAAUCAACCUGGAUCUGUAUCAAAAUGUGACCUAUUGUCAAUGUUACUGUCUAGGCAGUGAGCACAAAUUCUGGCCUGAUGUGUGCUUGCAAGAUCUGUGUGACUUUAGCAGGCAUACAGAUCUGAUGGGUGUAGAGUGUGGCCUGUGGUUUGCAGGCUUUGGAUAUUCUAAAGGAAGCAACUGGAGUAUUUGAGUUACUAUUAGCCACUGAUAGAUAGAAUCUGCACAGUAAUUGUGGAUGGUAGGCUCUGUUCUGCUAACACCUAGAAGAGGAACGUCCUUCGCAAAAUGACACAGAGAUACAUGAAUUGCAUUGUAUUAGACCAUCUUGUCUUUCCUCUGUUUUCUACAUGGGCCAAUUCCAGCUUUUUUUAAAAGAAAGUGCCAAAUCCUCUCUAUAGCCUGUCCAUUUGUGAGUUUUUUUUAUUGCCUACUUUGGUUUGAGCUCUGCUUAGUCUCAGAAGCAGAUGAGCUUAUACUGUUCUGGGUGCGUGGGGGGUAGCAACAAUCCUGUCUACUGUUACUGCAGCUCACCUAAUUAGCCUUUCCCUACUUUUUUAAUCUGUUAGGGGCUUACUCUUGGUAGCUUAUGACGUGUUCUUCAAGUGAGCAUUCAUCUCUCUUUUGGAUAGUAUUUUUUCAGGUUGUCUGAUGUUUUUGUGGCCUGUUUCUGAGCCUCAUCUGCUAUUAUUCCCUUUCAGAUAGAGAAUGAUCAAACCCCACUCAUUUCCAAGCUAAAAGUAAAGGACAUUGCAAUAUGCUGCUUAUUAUUUCCCACCAUACUGAUGAUAGAGCUCAGUGUUUGCUGCACAGUGGACAGAAGUUUUCUCUGAGUUCCUGUGAUGAUGCCUAGGCUGAUAAUGCAAGUACCAGCAAGUAAACACAUCUGAAUUAUAAAAGCCAGCCCAAGAGUCAGUUGGGUUCGCCAUAUUACACUCAUUGUCAUCUCUUUGAAGAUUUCUAUAAAUCAGGAGACUGUGUUCUUCCCAAUAUAUUAUUGGUGAACAUGGCUGCUGACUAUUAACAUAAACAUUUGACUUACUGCAGACCAGCCACUGGCUGUGCACCCCAGCUUUACUUUCCCAACAUAAAGUGAUUAAACUGUUUAUAUUAUGCCUUUGAGUUCAGAAGAUAUACAUUGAGACUGGAGGUCUGGUUGGAUUGUAACACAGCUUUCCAAGGUCAGUGGUGGAAGCUCUUUCACUGGAGUCAUUAAAAAGCAAAAUGAACAAAAGCUUUGAAACAUGGAGCACAGGGAAAAACCUUGCAUUGAGCAGGGGAUGAUGUGGUUUCCUUCUAAUCUUUCCAUCUCUAUUUUGUGUCCAAUAACAUUUACUGUGUAAGGAAUAUAUUUAUGGCAAGGUUUAAUGGGCCAAAUUUCACUCCAUCUAGUUUUAUCUGGGUGCCAGCCAGUUUACUGUGAAGUCAGUGUCCAUAAAGUGUAAUGAAGGACUCCAUGGUGUAACAGCAUUCGUAUGUGGUUAGGUUUACAGUUCCCAUUAGUAGUUUAGGCCAGAUUGUGAUCUCAUUUAUUCCAGUGCAAAUCCAGAAUAAUUCUAUGUUGCUACUCCUGAUUUACAUCAAUUACUUUACGAUCAGUCUGGCCCAAUAUAAAUAAGUCUAAAGGUUUUUUGGUACCUUUGCCGCAAAAUGUUCUAUUCUGUACUUAUUGAGAGAUGCCGUGUUUUCUUAACAGUUUUAUUAUUAGAAACCUAGCUUCAGAUUUCUUCUGGAAAAAGACAAGACCAGCUGUGUAAUGCUCCCCAGUGUUAUGCUGGUGCAUCGCUUCAGUGUUACUCUGCUCCAAGGGCCUGCUUUUUCCAGGGUGCUACACCUGGCAUAUCAUUUAGAUCAGAAUGAAGCAGCAGCAGAUCUCACUGGUUACAGAUUUUCUCUGAUUUUUUGUUGGUGUAAGUGAUCUUGAGAAAGUGUGGAAAGUCAGCCACUGAUAAACAACUGCUGAAUCUCAAAACCUCUUCCAAUGGUGUGUUAGAUCUACAUCCUUAGAGGUCUCACCAGUGAUCAAAGUUCUUCGUGCUGCUUAUGGUAUGAGGCUUAAGCAAGCAACAAGGCUACAGGGAGAGAGAGCUUUCCUUUAUGUCACGAAGUUGUUUUCUUUGUGAAAAAAAAAACCGAAAGGUUAGAACUCUUACCCAGUUUCUUUAUGGGCGUACCUCAGCCACAGCAACUUACAUACUGUGCUGACAAGCAAUGCAUAAAUGCCUCCUAUGCACAGACAAGCAAGAGAACCAGUUCCGAGAAGUGGCAAAGUUGAUUCAAAAUGCAAAAAUGAAGAGAAGCAGUUUUUAAUCAGCUUUAUUUCUGGUACCAUCCUCACAUCCUCCAGCUGCAGGGGCAGCGCAGUUUGGUCUGAGCAUGUAAUGACUGGGGUUUUCCCUCCUGCAACAUGGAAUUCACACUGCAGGCAAAUGUGUUCAAUACUGCCCUUGCUACUUUGCAGUGGCUGCUGGCAUAAAAAUUGAGUGAACAGAUUGCUUCUUAUACUUGACUGCUUUGUGAACUAAGCCUUGUUUACACACACAGCUGAUCAAUAUGAUACUCUGUUGCCUGCUGCACCUGUGCUGACAUCACAGCAAACCAGCACAGAUGCCAGUGGAACCAGGACUUGAUUCCUUAUAUGUAAAACGAGCUCUUGUGUAAAGCCCCUUGUGCAGGCACAGGGAAUGUCUUACGUGUCUCAGGUUUAACUGAGUGUCUUACCUAAGUUGGCUUACAUAAACCAGGGAGCUUAUCCAAAAUUAUUGCAGAUCUUAUGUCUUUAAACAAAAAUUUUCUUAUUAAAGCUGAGUGAACCAAAUAUUGCACAGGCAGAAGGAAACCUAACGAGACAAAGAAAACCAAACUUCUUAUAACUGAGUCAUGCCGGAAGCUUUUUUUCCAUUAUGUCUAGAAGUCUGAACAUUUGAAUUGGUGCAGAUGAGAGGAAAUCCUGCUGGAGGAAAGGCACUCUACUAGUAGAGCAGGGGGUCAUGAAGAAGUAAAGCAACUUAAGGAAUUCAUGAAAGGCUGCAUUCUGCCCCAGUGCAAUACCGUGAUUUUACAGCAGGGAUCUGUAUCUUUUCUACAAGUAGAAAUGCUUGGAAGAAAAGAAAUGUAAGAUUUUGAUUUUUUAAACAGGAUGAGACAAUGUGAACUGGUUUGUUUCCUGUCUUUGCUAGCAACUGCCUGUAUCAUCUUGAUCAAACCAGUUUGUCACAACAUCUGUUUCUGGAUCAGUGGAAAGGGGCAUAACACAAAGCUUUCAAGCUUAGCUUUUCAGGCUGUGUUUCUGCAGUGGGAUGUGAGUUUACUGAUAGAGAACGCCAUGUUAGGAUAUUUGCUCACUCAUUGAUCCCUGAACUUUUUCCAUUGUAGAUGUGUUUCUCCAUCAAAAUGGCACUCAGACACACUUCUGAAGAAUAUAUAUUUACUUGGUUUUUUUUGAGGCAGUUUUCCACUAAUUGAUGCAGUCUGUGGCUCUCAUUGGUCUACAGAGCACAGUUUGAAAAUCACUGGAUUAAGGCAGCUUUUGUGGUAUGAUCAGGGAAGACUACAUGAAAGGCACUGUCCAGAAAGCAAGAAUGCAUCAUUUUGUAGCAAAAAAAAAAAAAGAGUAAGAUGGCUGCCAUUUCUUGGUUAGAGUUCUCUGGAGGAGAACUCUCUGAAGGAGAAAGAUCAUACUGUCAGGAGGCCUGAUAUACCAACUCCUUCCUUCCUGCUUUUAAAGGGAACACAAUUAGGAUUAAACUUUAGGAAGUUCUUCUAAGUGGGAUGUUAAGGAAAUGGUGCUAUAAACUGUGGAGUGUCUGUGUCAGCUCUGGAACCAGAACAGAGAAGGGUGGCAGUUUCAGCAUGUUCCUGUUAUGCUGUGGAAGAGCACUUCUGAAAUUGCUUGUCCCUCCCUAACAAAACUUCUUUCUCAUUUAAACCACAAACCAUGGAUUUUCUAUAACUAAUUUACAUUUAUAGUUUUCUGAUGCUCAAACCUUUCGGUGCAGUGUAAUUUUCUAUACAAUUACAGUCUGUUUUUUUGUGAGAUCUGUUGAUCACACUGUGCUGUGGUCAUGGUUUGGUUCGAGCUGUUUUACACAUCAAAAAUGCCAGGUGGUGCCAGACCUGGGGGACAUACAUACAAAGCAGGACUCCGGAUCUAUGUCUUCCUUGACACUGUAGAAGAAGGUGGAAGAUCCAUGCAGAAAGCAGCUGUGGGAAAAAAUGUUCUUGACUGCAUAAGUGAUAGAGAUCUCUUUAGUUCUGAAAAUGCACGUCCAGAUUUCAGGGAAAGUUCUGUUACCUAUCGUAAUUCUAGAUGUUCUUGAAGUGUUUGGUACUUCUAAACUGUACAAUUGCACUUGCUUCUCUUGCUUCAGUAAGUCCUACAGGCUCUGCCUUUACAUGUAUUUCCUUUCUGUCAGUUCUGAAUUUACCACCUUUCAACUGCGCUGUGUUCAAGUGAGACAGGAUAGGAUAUAGCUUGUCUGUCCUGCUUGUUAUCCCUCCAUUCUGAGAUAAGAAAGCUGGUCUUUUCAGUAUCUUCAAACAAGAAGUUUCCUGUGGUCCUACUCUGAGCAAAAAGUACAGUCUAACACAAUUUACACUACACUGUGUCCAAGUUCUAAGCUCAUGGAGAUGGGAAUAAAUAUGAUAUAGCUGUUUGUGAAGACAGGAAAAAGUUGUUUUUUAACACACUGGCCUGUAUCAUGCCUGACAGUUUCAAUGCUAAUUAGCCAGUAGAUGACCUAUGAAAUAGUAAAUAAUACUUUGCCAAUUAAUAAAGUUUGUCAAGGUUGCACAUUAAUUUUCCAGUGAAAUCGAUCACUUCAGUAAACUAACAGUGCUACUGAUGUCAAAUGGACUCACCAGCAAAUGCAUCUUCAUUGUUUGUUUUCCCAGCUGGAUUCCAAUUUCUAGACAUAAUUAUUAUUCAUAAUUACUUACCAUAUUACUACGGGAAGAAAUUAUUUGCUAUUUGUGCCCAUAUGGUAUAGCUUUUGGUUCUUGAAUGGAUGGCUAAAGCUUUUAAAUGUUGGGUUUAACAACUACUGUUUUUUGUACAUGACAGCACAACUGAUUGUGUUUAGGAAAACAAAGUAUAUCUGGAUCAUUUAGAUAUUAAAGAGGCUUAAAAGACAUUAGAAGAAAUACAUUAGUGUUGUUUACUC